AACCUGCAAACCCAAACAAACAGAUCAGACCAGUGACGUGUCGCGCGACUGUGCACCGGUCAGGUUGAGUUGGCAUUUUCUUGCAGAUAAGUGACACCUACGUCACUUCAGUGUUCUUGUGAAUACUAGGAGCCACGGCAGACUCCCAACAGCCAGCAGAGCAUCAGAGGCUCCAGACAAAACACUGAAGAACCAUAGAAGAAGAAGAUAUAGUUUUCCUUCACCACAACACGUGCAGUAUGGCUGUGUUACCCGAGACUCUCUGCCUUUUUGAUGUGGAUGGCACACUCACUCAGCCUCGGAAGAAAAUUGAACCUGUGAUGGCAGAGUUUAUGCUGAAGAUGAAGGAGAAGGUGCCUUGUGGCCUGGUGGGCGGCUCAGACCUCAACAAGAUAGCAGAGCAAAUGGGCGGCCUAGAGGCACUGAUGAAGUUUGACUACGUGUUUGCUGAGAAUGGUCUGGUGGCGUACAAAAAUGGUCAGUUUAUGAAGAAGGAGAGCAUCCAAAACCACAUGGGGGAGGAAAAGCUGCAGACAUUCAUCAACUUUGCCUUGCGCUACAUGUCUUCCCUCACUCUGCCUGUGAAGCGUGGCACCUUUAUUGAGUUCCGCAAUGGCCUAAUCAACGUUUGUCCUGUUGGUCGCAGCUGCUCCCAGGAAGAACGUGACCAGUUUGGGGAAUAUGACAAGGUUCACCACAUCAGGGAGAAGUUUGUGAAAGCUUUGGAGGAGGAGUUUCCCAACUCUGGCUUGGUGUUCUCCAUUGGUGGCCAGAUUAGCUUUGACGUGUUCCCCAAGGGCUGGGACAAGACCUACUGUUUACGUUAUGUGGAGAAUGACUUUAAGACAAUUCACUUCUUUGGGGACAAAACGGACAAAGGUGGCAACGACCAUGAGAUCUAUGAGGACACCCGCACAGUGGGGCACAAGGUCACCUCUCCUGAGGACACCAGGGUGCAGCUACAGAAGGUCCUUGGCAUUGAGUGUUAAUGGCAGCUGGUGUUUAGAGGAAUUAGAGAAUUGAGGUGAGGGUGUUCUACUGGAUGGUGCAUUCCCUUGUCUCACACUACACUUCAAGGCUCCACUGACACUUCCUUCACUGCCUUUACUCUUGACAGGGGCAUGUUUGGGUAUGUUUGUACUGACUAGGGAACCAUAUUUCUGGAGAUUGGAUUUAUUACUGCUUGUACUGGAAGCACUUUUAGCUGGGCUGAUAGGCAUAGUAGUGGCAGGUUCUUUGAUUCCUGAGAUAUGAUUCAUCUUAUUGAGCUGACGCACUGUAUUCUUGACACUAGAAAUACUGCGAGUGUCCACACCCCCUUGAUCACCUUCCUCACAUAACACAGCAGGGUGGGAUUUAUUACUCUCUUUCCUUAGUUUUAAAGAGUCAUGUUUAAAACUUUUCUUGUAUGAAUUACUAUCUACUUUAGGCAAAACAGCACCAGCAUUUCGGGUUGUGAUAGGCAACACUGAAACAGGAGUGGAACUAGUGGUAGUAGUGGCUGUGGUAGUGGUGAUGUUGGUGGUAGUGGAGGUAAUGCAAGCUGUGGAUGCUGCACUACCUGAAGCUGUACUGAGGUCCUGGGAAUCUAAGUCAGAAUGAGAUGUUGAGAAGUUACCCAAAAAGGCAAAUUCCUGAAGAGCUUCUUUUUCUUUGUCUCCAAAGCGUAGAAACAAGUCUCUUCGGCCAAUAACUGAGGGGCGGGGCACGGCUCCAGCCAGCACAAUGCGAUCCCCACCACUACGAUGUGAUGCUGUGGAAAAGAAUUAACAACAUGUAUAAUAAUUGUCUACUACUGGGUAACUUUACUAACUUUUAUCCAGAAGGUAAUGCAAACACUAAUUUAAAAUUAUGCAGAUCUUCAUGACAUCCUAAACAUAACACUACCAGAAAUGUCUUCCAACUGACCAAUGUAAGUAAUCCCUGUAAAAUGUUCUUCAGUGAAUAAAGAUUUACAAGGAAAAA